ACACCCCUGCUUAUCUGCUGCUUCCUGGCUUCCUCUGCAUGAAUUCUUGAGGCCCUAAAGGCUUGGGAGCUGGUCUGUGCAUAUUGUUUCCUGAUCUCAGAUAAUUAGAGGAAAUGAGCUCACUGGCACAGAGGAGAUUGUGGAUUUCAGUUGGGAGCGCCAGGCUUCACUCCCCGACCUGUAGCAGACAUCUCUCCCUAACCCUCCAGGCAGCCGUCAGCUGUGCCCCUGAAGCCCAUAGACUCCACAGACCCCACAGACCCCACCUGAGAUGUCUUCUUUUGCUUGCUGGAGCCUGUCUCUUCUUAUCCUGUUCUACAGCCCAGGUUUGGUCAUCUCCGUUCUCCAUUGCUUCAUGAACGCAUGCUCCCGAUGGCAGGUCUGCGAGCCAGCGGCUCCGUUUAUCUGCAAGGUGCUCCCACAGCGCAUGAAAGGGUCUGGUGAGAAGGCCUUUGAGGUCUACAUAUGGUCCGAGAAGCAGAUAGUAGAAGCCACAGAGUCUUGGAAAAUCAACUGCAGCACCAACUGCGCAGCCCCAGACAUGGGCGGCCUGGAGACGCCCACGAAUAAAAUAAUGUUGGAAGAGCAUCCUCAAGGGAAGUGGAAACAGUUCUUAGUCUCAAACGUCUCCAAAGACACGGUCUUCUUUUGCCAUUUCACGUGUUCGGGAAAGCAGCACUCGGAGAGUCUCAACAUCAGGGUGUACCAGCCUCCAGCUCAAGUCACACUGAAGCUGCAGCCGCCUCGGGUGUUUGUGGGUGAAGACUUCACCAUUGAGUGCACGGUGUCCCCUGUGCAGCCCCUUGAGAGGCUCACCCUCUCUCUGCUCCGUGGCAGAGAGACCCUGAAGAAUCAGACCUUUGGGGGAGCAGAAACUGUCCCCCAAGAGGCCACAGCCACGUUCAACAGCACAGCUCUGAAAAAGGACGGUCUCAACUUUUCCUGCCAGGCUGAGCUGGAUCUACGGCCCCAUGGUGGGUAUAUCAUCCGCAGCAUCUCGGAGUACCAGAUCCUUGAAGUCUAUGAGCCGAUGCAGGACAACCAAAUGGUCAUCAUCAUCGUGGUGGUGUCAAUACUGCUGUUCUUAUUUGUGACAUCUGUCCUGCUAUGCUUUAUCUUUGGCCAGCACUGGCACAGAAGACGGACAGGCACCUACGGGGUGCUAGCUGCCUGGAGGAGGCUGCCCCGAGCCUUUCGGGCACGUCCCGUGUGAGCCCACGUUGCCAGGCCCCUGGUGGUUACCAGAACUCAACAUGGCACCUUCAAGGUGUGGUUCGGCACUGGCUGAAGGACUGUGGCGGCAGCAGCAGAUGCGGGGGACAUUUCCUCUCCUUUUUAGCCUCAAUACAAAUAUCUGGAUUUCA